AUGGGCAUGUCAGUCUAUAUUGAAGCUGCUCACUUUCCAAAAGACACGGAGGCUAUUCGUUCUCUAUUUUCCGGCUAUGCAGAGUCGUUAGGAAUCGAUCUCGCCUUCCAGGAAUUUGACAAGGAGCUUGAUUCGCUACCAGGGAAAUAUGCAGAAUCUCAAGGGGGAGCUCUUUUGAUAGCACGAGUUCGUAAACCCAACGAAGACUCUGAUAGGACCGCUUUUGCCCCUCUUUCAACAUCCCACUCGACCAAAUUAGCCCCACCAUUUCCUGCCGUCGGAUGUGUAGCCUUGCGGUCGAACUCGGACAACUGGUGCGAGAUGAAACGCCUCUAUGUCGUUCCAGAAGCAAGAGGUCUGCGUCUUGGAGAUCAAUUGGUAGCGGCCAUCAUUGAAAAGGCGAAACUCUUGGGAUAUCGGGGAAUUCGCUUGGAUACAUUACCAACAAUGACGGCGGCACAAAAGCUUUAUCGUCGAUAUGGACUUGUCAAGAUUGAAUCCUACUAUGACACGCCGAUUGAGAAUACAGUAUUCAUGGGAUGUGACUUUAAUUCAGUUCUCCCUGAACCUCAAGCGAGGGCUUAA